AUGCCACUGUGUUCUCUCUACUGCCUCUGUGUUAUCUUGCGUUCUCUUUACUGCCUCUGUGUUCUCUCUACUACCUUUGUGUUAUCUUGUGUUCUUACUAAUGCCACUGUGUUCUCUCUACUGCCACUGUGUUCUCUUGUGUUCUCUCUUUCUCUGCUACUGUCUCUAUGUUCUCUCUUACUGCCACUGUGUUCUCUUGUGUUCUCUCUUUCUCGCUACUGCCUCUGUGUUCUCACUACUGCCUCUGUGUUCUCUCUACUGCCCUUGGUUCUCUCUACUGCCUCUGUGUUAUCUUGUGUUCUCUCUUUCUCGCUACUGCCUCUGUGUUCUCACUACUGCCUCUGUGUUCUCUCUACUACAUCUGUGUUCUCUCUACUACCUAUGUGUUCUCUUUACUGCCUCUGUGUUCUCUCUACUACCUAUGUGUUCUCUCUACUGCCUCUGUGUUCUCUCUACUACAUCUGUGUUCUCUCUACUGCCAUUGUGUUCUCUCUGUGUUCUCUCUACUGCCUCUGUGUUCUCUCUACUACCUAUGUGUUCUCUCUACUGCCUCUGUGUUUUCUCUACUACCUAUGUGUUCUCUCUACUGCCUCUGUGUUUUCUCUACUACCUAUGUGUUCUCUCCACUACCUAUGUGUUCUCUUUACUGCCUCUUUGUUCUCUUUACUGCCACUGUGUUCUCUUGUGUUCUCUCUACUGCCUCUGUUUCUCUCUACUGCCCUGUGA